UUAGUAGAAAGCAAUAAUAUAAUAAAAUGGGAUCGGCAACUUGCUGAGAAAGAAGAGAUUUGAAGCUUUCAACUAUUGAGGACCCUCCAGAAUAUUCUACAAGAGCACAAAUUCGAACAACUAGUUUAGGAAAUUCCGAAUCAACUCAGAGGCAGCAUGAGAAGCAUUGAGGCUCUUGAACUUGCCAUUUAGAUCAAAGCGAAGAAUAUCCCAAAAAACGAGAGAGCAAGGGAAAUAAAAGGAAAUUUUCUAUGAAUACUAAGGAUGAUGAAGAUAUCACUCAGUUGUAUAAUACACAGAAUACUGUAAAGAUUCCUAAAAUAUUAGACGAGAUAGCUUCGAUAAGUAGUGAAGGAAGCAAUAAAAAUGAUAUAGAAAAGUCAAAUACAAAGUUUUCUGUCAGGACGAGCGAUUUGGUUAUGAAAAAGAAAGCAAAAACUUUCUACAAUGCUAAAAGAUCCAAGAAGGCCCUACUUAGUGAUUACUCUGAUGAAUUUAUUAAAGAAUUUGCUCUUCUUCGAGCAGAGGUAAAGAGCAAUAGACCUCAAAGAGUAGUAUCAACUACAAAUACGAGAAGGAAGAAACAAUUGAACAGAAAUUCAAAUAAAAAGAUUGUUAGUUUCAAAGAUUUCUAGUGUAAAUGUUCCUAAUAUUUUCCAGUAAAUCUACCUCAAAAAUAAAGUAUGAAAAGUUUAUGAAUAAGUUCACUAAAGUUCAAUGCUGAUUAUGAAAUU